AUGGCGUCUGAUGCCGCAAAUGACCCUCAGACUGGCUUAGAUCCGGAGCCUCCAGAGCCAGAGCCGACCGAGCAGAACACAGAGCCGGCAGAGCUGGAAGCCAUGGAAACCUUGCGGCCGCAAGGCACGCUCGAGUUCCCUGACCGACGCGAGGAACGGAAUCGACGAGGAAUGAUCAAGUACAGACUGGAGAACGGAGUCCCUGACGUUGGUGGCCUUGGAUGGCGAUCCAGAGCAGGUCACCUACUCAAGAACCAGACCUUCUAUGCAUCUCGGCCUGGGGAGAACCAGUGGAACAAUCCCACCCACGCAGGGCCGAGGACCUGGAGGAGUUAUCACGGACCAAAGCUGCGCACGGAUGCAGAUCUGAUGGAGCGCAUGGAUCGGAUUGAGGCACAGCAUGCUCAGUGGGAAGCCAAGAAGGCCUUUGUCAACACCGUUCGAGUGCAGACCUUGGAUCGCUUCUACAGCCGCAAGAUUGAGAAUGAGCAGAAGGAAAUGGCAUCACAGUGGGCCCCUCACAGGCGAGCCAGAGGAGAGUAUCACAAGUACCAUCAGACAAUGUCGGCAAACUUAGAUAGCAUGCCAAUGAAGGAAUUAAAGAAGGUGCUAACGCCGACUGUCUUGCAUGGGGACAGGGAAGCUAUUCGGGCCAUCACAAAACGGAUUCAGACUGAAGAAACAUGGAGGCUGGCCUGGAAACACAUGGAGCUUGCGAGGAGAGCAGAGACGCAAGCAGAUUUUGAGCAUCGAAUGACCUACAAUGCCAUGCUCAUGGAGCUGGCUGGGCAGGUUCCAAGGCCACAUCAUCCUUGUCGCACGUCAAGCGCUUGCUCGCCAAGGACAGAUCAGCUGGCGCAACCCACACAGCAAAAGCUGAUAACCGACAUCACAAAGAGGUCUGAUUAUCGUGGACUUGUGCAUGUUGAUCACCACACAGCUUUAGAAGCUCGCUUCCCCGGCUCUGGGCACAACCUUGCAGUGACUUUUGCGAGUGAUGCCACGGAGAAGAGCAAACCGGCCUUUCCAGCCCCAGAACCACCGGCGACCCCCGAAGCGACGCCUCCGCAGAAGACCACGUCCACGGGCAAGGGGUCUGUCCCAGUGAGCCACAAGCGACUACAUGUUGGCCGACGUCAGGAUCCGACUGUCUUGGCCGAACACUCCAAGCACCAGUUCCUGCCAACUUCUGCGCCGCCAGCGCCUGACCAGGGAAAAGCGCUGCUGCAAGAAACAAAUGCAGUUGACUGCCUGCAGAUGAGCUUGGAAUUCCCUCCACGCUCUGAUCAUACGAGCCAGAGCGGAAGCUUGCAUUCGAAGGACUCGCUGUCCAAACUCGACAUGGCGCCGCCAUCGCGACCCAUGGCGUACCCCGUAACAGUUGCCAAUGUAGAAGAGGACAUGCAGGAUCCUGACUGGCGUCCAAAGCGAACACAUGGUGCACUUGCUUCUGCCACGCCCAAAGAGCAAGCCUUGCAAAGUUCCCGGACGCAGCGCUGGCCACCUGUUGGGAGUCAGACUGUUGAGGUGACUGUCAUGAGAGCCUCAGGAUUGCCUAGAGCCGACCGUGCUGGUCACUCUGAUCCUUAUGUACUUGUUCAGGUUCCAGGCAAAAGCCGUUCAAAAACAAAAACGACCGCAAUCCCUGACACAGAGAAUCCUAUUUGGAACCAGACGCUUGCAGUGCCUGGUUGGAGGCGUGGGGAGCCGCUGGCAGUGCAGGUUUAUGACGCCGAUUUGGUCGGUUCGGAUGACCUCAUUGCCAGCGUGCAGGUGCCGAGCGCUGACUUCUUUCCUAAUGGAUUUGAAGGAAGGCUUGAGAUGGAGAACUCCUGGACGCCUGAUGAUACGGCAAUGCCUGAUGACUUCCAGCACUUCAAUCUAUCUUGCAGGCCUGCGAUUGAAUUGAAGAUUGCCCUUCGGGAUGACGUUUACAUGGGGAACAGGACAGCAAUUAGUUAUCAGGAAGCGGAGCAAGCCGUCUCAAUGCCUGGCGCGCAGCCGACACUAGGGGCCAUUUGCGCCCAUUUGGAUAACUUCGAAGCUGCCCUCAAACCGGUGCCUCGCUUGGGGAACUUCUGGGUGACGCCCAGAUGA